AUGAAAGAAUUCCAUACUGAUGGAACUGCAGACGAGAACUUCAAAGCAGUUCGGGAAUCGUUCAGAGGAAAUUUCGUCGACGGUUGGGAGAAAGGCGGUGCAGCCUUUGCAGUUUAUCAUAAAGGAAGGCUAGUUGUGGACUUAUGGGGUGGAUAUGCCGAUAAGUCAUGCAUCGACUCUAUGGAACGAGACACCAUGACUUUGUUGGUGAGUGGAGGUCAUGACUUAUUUACUGCGCCGCGUAUGGCAGAGAGUGUGGCAGCGAUAUGUGUAGCGAUACUGGUUGAUAGAGGACUGUGCAGUUAUAACGACAAAGUCACACAGUAUUGGCCGGAAUUCGGACAAAAUGGGAAGGCUGACAUUACUAUCGAGAUGAUACUUGCCCACAAGGUUUGUAAAACUGCUUCUAUACUCGAAUAA